AUGAAGUUCUCGACAACCCAGGCCCUUCUCGGAGCAGUCCCUCUGGCCGCUGCGUUCCCAGCUGCAAUCUUUGAGGCUGUCGCCAGCAACAACCCUGCCCUCGCCGCAAGAGCAGAAGAGAUUCGAUCUCAACUCGACAAACGACAAGUAGCUGCAGACGGCGCCACCAAGCUAUUCGAGCCCGUUCCCAUCUUCAACGAAAAGGCCCAGUUCAUCGAUGUCGGCCCAGGAAGCGGCCACGAGUAUGUGGCACCGGGACCAAACGACCUUCGUGGGCCAUGUCCAGGCCUGAACGCUUUUGCCAAUCACGGCUUCCUGCCUCAUAAUGGUUACGCCACCAUCACCCAAUUCAUCGAUGCAACGAUGAAUGUUGUUGGUAUGGGGCCCGUGCUCGCAGGUUUCCUUGCCGUGCUCGGUGCUACGAUUGACGGAGAUGGCACUUCAUGGUCUAUCGGCGGCACUCCAGGAGCUGGAAUUGGAGGUCCACUUUCCAGCCAAGGCCAUGGUAUCUCUGGCUCUCACAACAAGUACGAGAGCGACGCCUCACCCACACGAGGAGAUCUCUACCAAAGCGGCGACGACUACAAGACCAUCGCCAGCCAAUUCCAAGAACUCAUCAACGUUUCACCAAAUGGUGUCGUCACCCUCGACUCCUUGACCACCCAUCGCUCCAACCGCUUCGACCACCAAAUCGCCACCAACCCCUACUUCUUCAACGGCCCAUUCACCGGUGUCCUCGUGCAGCCCGCCGCGUACACUUUCAUCUACCGCUUCAUGGCCAACCACUCCGCCGAGCACCCCUACGGCGAACUCACCUACGACGUGAUCAAAGCAUGGUUCGGAAUUUCCGGCGACUCGGGCAGCUACGUCGCCAACCAAGGCCAAGAGCACAUUCCAAUGAACUGGUACAGGCGCGCCAUCGAAUACCCCUACGACAACACCUACUUCCUCGCCGACGUCGCCAACGCCGCCGCGCUGUACCCCAAAUUCUUAAACGUGGGAGGCAACACCGGCACCACCAACUCCUUCACGGGCAUCGACGUCCGGAAUCUUUCCGGAGGUGUUUUCAACAGCGCGAGUUUGGCCCAAGAUAACAAUUUCGCGUGCUUCGCGUACCAAUUCGCCGCACAAGCGAAACCGGAUCUUGCGCUCGCGGCGCUCACCCAGCUGACGAAUUCGGUGGGCAGUUUGAUUGGGAAGCUUGGAUGUCCUCAGCUGCAGGAUGCGGAUGAUGCGCAGUUGAUGCAGUUCCCUGGGUAUUCUAGGUCGACGAAGGAGGGGAUUACGAAGUAGAUUUUGAAGGGGUGGGGGGAUUGAAUUGAGGGGUUAGAAUAGUGGAGGAUGAGUAGUUUUUCUGUCGGAAUGGAAUUGUUAUUC